UAUAUAUAUUUUAGCCUUCAUCUUUCUUUUAGAGCUUUUACAAUAACUCUCAAUACGGAAAUAUACAAGAUGGUGAGAGCUCCAUGUUGUGAGAAAAUGGGGCUGAAGAAAGGCCCUUGGACUCCUGAAGAAGAUCAGACUCUCAUCAAUUAUAUUAACCUCUAUGGCCAUGGAAAUUGGAGAGCCCUCCCUAAACAAGCUGGUUUAUUAAGGUGUGGAAAAAGUUGUAGACUUCGAUGGACAAAUUACCUAAGGCCAGACAUUAAACGAGGAAAUUUUACCGCAGAAGAAGAGGAAACCAUUAUUAAUCUACAUCAAAUGCUUGGAAACAGAUGGUCCGCAAUUGCAGCAAGGUUACCGGGAAGAACAGACAAUGAGAUUAAAAACGUAUGGCACACCCAUUUGAAGAAAAGACUAAGACAAAAUUACGCCACUCCACAGCUCAGAAACUACCCCGUCAUGAACGAAGAAGAAUCCAUAGCACAACAACCCUUCAAAUAUACAAACUAUGGAUCGAUGCCGAGCUCUGCUUUGGCUUUUUCACCACCUCAUUGCUCCAGCGAAAGCUCCUCCAUCAUCACGGCGGAGAAUGGUGAGUCGUGGACGAAUAAUCUACCGGAGGCGGAUGAGAAUUUUUGGAGGGAAGUUUUGGGCAGCGACCAAAUGGCAACGGUGGGAAACCAACAAGGAUUUGAAGGUGAAACUAGUGAACGUCAACUUGGUAAUCUUACAAAUGAGCAGCCAACUCAUGAGACUACGGAUUUUUGGACAAUAUUUUUUCAAGAGGAGGGGAUUUAUCUGAGUUGAAAGAUAUGAUAUUAUGAGGUUGAUGAAGCUAAUUAGUUUUUUUUUCUUUUGGGUGGGAAAAACUUAGUGGGUUAUAAUGACAAUAGGCUACUUUUCUUUUCUUUUUUUCCAUUUUUUUGACCUUUUAGGGGGAGAGAUUGUAUUCACCAUUCCAAAAGUUGUCAAAAUUUAUGGGGUUUUACACAUCACAACGUUUAGAAAGGAAAAAUCAGAACAGAAAAAAAAAAUCAGAAAAAUAGAAACCAAAAAAAAGAAAAAAAAAAGUUUGAGAAAAUUGAGCUAGGUUUGUUCUUCAAGUUGGUAAUUUCUUAAAUUAUUAACAUACCUUUAAGUUGGUCCCAAAUAACAUCAAUGCUAAAAACAAAAAAAAGUCAUCCACUGUA